AUGGAGAUAACCAUUCAGCCUGCCAGGUCCGAGGACAUCCCGGCCAUCGUCGAAUUCAUCAAACAGGCCAGGUCCGUUAUGUUCCCGUGGAUAGAUGCGGAAUCACAAAACCAACAUGCUCAACUGGAGCUUGCGAACUUUUCAAAGGUUUACCUGGACAACCCUAACGGAGCUUUUUUGACAGCUUACGGCAACGGUCAAAUCAUCGCCGCCAUUGGCUAUGCGCCUUACGACGACCGUUUUCCUGAGCUCGGUCUCGGCCGCGAGGGCGUCGUAGAGUUUGUCAGACUCUACGUCAACCCAGUCUGGCGCCGCGCCGGACUGGCCUCGAAACUUUGCGCUGCCUUGGAGCAAAGAGCAAGAGAUGCAGGGAUGAAGAAGUUGUAUCUCCACACUCAUCCGUUCCUCGAAGGCGCCAUCGGAUUCUGGGAGCGCCAGGGGUUUUCCAUCUUGCAAGUCGACGACGACCCUGUCUGGCAAACAACGCACAUGAGCAAAGCCUUGUGA